AUGUGGGCUCGGACACCUCCCUGUCCACCACCGCCCACUCGCCCAGCACCGCCCAUUCGCCCACCACCACCAUCUCAACCAGGAUGGCAACGGCCGGCGCAAGACGACAACGGCGGGCACAGGACGACAGCGACGGGCAUGACGACAAUGGCGAGAGCAGGACGACCACGAGGGCACGACGAGGGCAGGGGACACAACGACAGUGGGGGACACAAUGACGAUGACGAUGACAGCAGCAGGGGGGGCACCCUUCACCCCGCCCUCGUCCCUCGUCCACCCCCUGUCAUCUGCCUCGCCCUCGCCCUCUCCCUCGCCCGCACCCUCUCCCCUUCGCCCUUUCACCCUCGCCCAUUUGCCCACCCUCUCGCCCUCUCACCCAUUCGCCCUCUCGCCUUCGCCCCCACCCUCUCGCCUUCGCCCUCUCGCCCACCUCUCCCUCUCGCCCACCUCACCCUCUGGCCCCCCGCUGUCUCACCACGACGACGACAGGGAGGGCAGGAUGACAACGGCGGGGAGGGCAGGACGACAACGGCGGUGGGGGCACUCUGCCUCACCCUGUCGCCCUGUCGCCCUGUCGCCCUUCGCUGCGCCUUCUCACCCCUCGUCUGCCCCUCGCCUCCCUCACCCUCGCCCUCUCCCUUGCCUGCGCCCUCUCCCCUUCGCCCUUCGCCCUUUUGCCCACCGCCCACCUUGCCCUUUCACCCACCUCGCCUUUCACCCUUUCACCUGCCCCUUCGUCCCUCUCGCCCACCUCGCCCUUUUGCCCGUUUUGCCGUUUUGCCGUCUCGCCCACCUCACCCACCUCACCCCUCUUGCCCACCUCCUCACCCCUGGUCCAUCCCUGGUCCGCCCCUCUCCCCCCCUCGCCCGUUCACCCUCACCUCUGUCUCCUCGCCCUUCGCCUCUCACCCUCCACCACUCGCCAUCUCGAGGGGACCCUCCGACCAGCGAACGACCAGCAGAGGGCGCAAACAAGCAUCCGAAGAGGCCCAAUGA